UCGUCCAGGACGCGUGUGUAGCAGCCGAGAGUGCGACUCGGAGGAAAACGUAAAAACACGGUGAAGUGAAAUGAAUCGGUGCCUAAGUUUGGAUGUGUCGGUGUAACGGGCGGGUGUUCGGCGGGUCGAGUCUCUGUCGGUCCCGGGCAGCACAGCGGCUCCUCGCCGUCCCGGCGGAGGGAAGAGCGGGUAAAUGACCGCGGUGUUCGGCUGGAGCCGCGGAACAAAGAGCUGGUCUCGACCAUUGUUACCAACACGGACUCGGCUGCUUUACCACUGCUCAAGUGAGGGGCGGCCUGUGCUCCAGUCAUGACCUCUGGGAGUGGGAACACUACCAGCAGCCAGCACAAUGGAGACAGCAAACCAGCCCAGGCCGUAGACACGUCCCACAUCCUCACCCAUCUCAUCGAAGGCUUUGUUAUCCAGGAAGGUGCUGAGCCCUUUCCUGUGGAGCGUCCAUCGUUCUCGAUAGAGAGCCUCCGGAGACACACGGCUGACUCCAAGAUGGACGGCCUUCUGUCAAAGGAGAUGAAGGCCCAGCAGGAGCCCAUGUUGACCUGCGAGCUGUGCGGCAGAGUGGACUUCGCCUACAUCUUCAAAAGGUCCAAGAGGUUCUGUUCUACAGUCUGUGCUAAACGCUACAACGUGGGAUGCACGAAGAGAAUGGGUCUCUUCCCAAACCGCAAAACCACCCUGGACGGCAUGAAGAAACAGCGAGUGCUGAACGGCGGCCACAGAAGCAUCAGCCUGGAGCUUAAAAAGAAGCCCUCCCCCUCUGUGCAGAAGCCCCCGGCCGCGGCUCAGUCCCCCCACCCUGCUCAGGGAGAGUCCAGCCAGUGUUCAGACUUGUCUGCCUACAAAAGAGCCCUGUCCCCCCUGUCGCUGGCCCAGCGGGUCCCUGAUCUGCAGGACUUUGAGCUGCAACACGCCUUCCUGCCCAGUGACCCGGGUCUCUGGAACAUAGAGGACGUCUACGAGUUCAUCUCAUCCCUGCCAGGUUGUCUGGAAAUCGCCGAGGAGUUCCGCUCGCAGGAGAUCGACGGCCAGGCGCUGCUGCUGCUGAAGGAGGACCACCUCAUGGCAACCAUGAACAUCAAACUGGGUCCAGCACUCAAAAUCUUUGCUCAGAUUAGCAUGCUCAAAGACUCGUAGCCCAUUUCCACGCACGUUUGUUUCUGCUGGUAGCAGACGAACGAGGUGCACUCAGGACCCAUCUCAUCCGUCUGAGUUCAGCUUCCACAGCGGAGCCGUGCGUUUGUCGUCUUUGAGUGACCUCAGCUCACUUUUUACACGUCCACACAACUUCAGUACUUCAGGAAAUAGCAGUCCACGAUCAGAACGACACGUCAUGGUAGGUAGGCUGUCACGAAUACAUGUACUCUUCAUAGUGCGUCAAGUGUACUGUAGAUGUCAGUGGUAGUGGAGCGUCUCUCGCUGUUUCAGAUCUGUGCUCCGUUUUUAGUGAACACACCCACUUUAUUAGAUCAGCGACCUCUCUGUGCAGCUAGUCCACAUCCUGGACAUCUGUAAUACCCACCAAUGUCCUUCAAUCAUAGAUACAAGGAAGAGUGUUUCUUUUCCACCAACAGUAGGAGUUGCUGACACGAUAAACACAGCGAGGCUGCUGCAGUUUCCUUCGGUGCUGCAGUAUCUUCUUUACUUGUCAUUUUGUGCACCACUCUCUCUCUGGCUGCAGGACCUUGAUGGUUAACACGACAGUCAUGGAUCAGGGCUAACAUGCAGUCCAGAGAGGGUUUAUAGUCCAGAACGCAUUGAGUAGCCUCGUCACAACACCGAACAGACGGGUCAGGGUGUCUCAUGAUGGUGACGCUGGUUUGCAGUGGGAGUCGUUGAACGGCCAAGAAACCACAGUCUUGUCAAACAGGACAGUUGAGGGUUGUUGGGCGUCUCUUCUCCCAGACUCAAACCGUGCUGUUGAUAGGAUGCGUACGUCGAGGAAAGCCGCCAUAAAACCCCUUGUUGUCAGAAAGUAAAUGAACCUCCGGCCAAAACCCAGAUCACAUCAUGGCACUGAAACAAACACAGAAUAAACCUCACGGAGCAGAGCGGGCAGCACGAGGCUGGCGCCGCUGCUGCUGUCGUAGCCGAGCUCCGAGCCGGAGCGCCGGCCGACGCCGGGAUAAUCUGGUCUGACGGGAGCUCCACAAGGAAAACACUUCAUCUGGAGAAGAAUCGGAAAAUAAAUGAGGAAAUGUGCGGAUGAAUAAGUACAUGUGGAAAGAUUAAGUCAGAGGAUUUUAAGUAUUUUCACUUAUUUUUAUUUGUGUUUAUAAUUGUUUAUAUUUUCAAAUAUACGUGUACAUACGUUUCUUCUGCAUGUGCAUUAUUUUUCUCUUUCUGUCUUUUUUUCUCUAUUUUCUUACCCUUUUUUUUUUCCUUUUGAGGAAAGAGGUGAAAAAAUUAUAGGAAGAAUAGACAUUUAAAUUAUAAAGGGAAUAAAAAUGUACAUGCAAAAUAUAAAAAGGACAGAAAAAAUACUUGUUCCUUUGUCUUAAGAAUUCCACAUUUAUUGUUUCUUUAAUUUCUGCAUAUUUCAUUUUACUCGUUUAUUUCAUGAACUUAUGGUUCUUUAGGGUUUAAAAAAAAAUCUUCCCCAGAUGUGUUCUUUUCUCUUGUGGCUCCCCCCAGGCUCAUUCCAGAUGUUUCUCUGCUGUUUGAUGAUAAACCACUUCACUGUGAACGCUGCGUUCAGCCUCAGCUCUGCUGCUCCGGACGCGAAUGAAAGGAAAUGCGACAUUUCUCCCGUUUCAGGUGUUCGGCUCAGGUCUAUGCACGCAGGAAGAGACGUCUGCAAGCGGCCACAUGUGGGCGCCGCAGCGCCAUCGAGGCUGGAAAACAUGGAACUUUGUUUCCUUUAACCAAAGUCGAGUGGAGAUCAAGCCAGAACAUCUCUGCUGACCGAUGCUUCGUUGCUGUUACUGAUGCUCUCCUCUGGAACCACGAGCAGUUUUGUCUUUUAAAUGUUUUUUUACACAGAAUUUAAACUGUAAAUAAAAUCAUUAGAUUGC